AUGACAGGGGCACUCUUGGAGAGUCAACCGAGGAUCGAGGAACUGGGGCGACGAGAGCGCUGUUCCAGCGCCAGCACUAGCACCAGCGCCAGCAUCAGUACCAGAUCACCGCCCCUCUACUACGGCACGACACCCCUCGUGGCCGGCACGGACGACCGUCGUAUGAAUCCUCAACAGCUACCAAAGGACAAGACGAGCGAGACAGACGCGCAGAAACCAACAACGCCUUCAACGGGUGGCGCAGGCAAGGAAGGGCGGGCGAGUCGAGGGCUGGUCUACGCCCAGAUCCACGUUCCUAGCCACGUCCCGACGGCCUGA